GUCGUGUCUGCUCCGGCCCGAGCGGGUGCUGCGCGCUGGAGGCUGUGGUGAGGUGGUGGUGGUGGUGCGGCCCGGUUCGGCCGUGAGGUCCCCAGCUCGGCCCUCGGCGGAAGAUGCGCGGCGAGCGGCGCCGGCUGUGAGCGGCAGCGGGGGGAGAGGCCCCGGCGGCGUCCCCCGUUCCCUCAGCCCGGCGGGAGGCGGAGGAUGCGGAUCGGGCCUCCCUGCCGAUGAGAGGGAGGAUGGGCACCCAGGGCAGCCCGGUGAAGAGCUACGAUUACCUCCUCAAGUUCCUGCUGGUGGGGGACAGCGACGUGGGCAAGGGGGAGAUCCUGGAGAGCUUGCAGGACGGCGCCUCCGAGUCCCCCUAUGCCUACAGCAACGGAAUUGACUACAAGACCACUACUAUCUUGUUGGACGGCAGAAGGGUCAAGCUGGAACUCUGGGACACAUCAGGGCAAGGAAGAUUUUGCACCAUUUUCAGAUCUUACUCUAGAGGAGCCCAGGGCAUUCUCUUGGUUUAUGACAUCACUAAUCGCUGGUCCUUUGAUGGGAUAGAUCGAUGGAUAAAGGAAAUAGAUGAGCAUGCCCCAGGUGUCCCUCGGAUCCUGGUGGGAAACAGGCUGCACCUUGCCUUCAAGAGACAAGUGCCCACGGAGCAGGCCCGGGCCUAUGCAGAGAAGAACUGCAUGACGUUUUUUGAGGUCAGCCCCCUGUGCAAUUUCAACGUUAUAGAGUCCUUCACAGAGCUGUCCCGAAUCGUCCUCAUGCGCCAUGGCAUGGAGAAGAUCUGGAGACCCAACAGAGUGUUCAGCUUACAGGACCUGUGUUGCCGAGCCAUUGUCUCCUGCACCCCAGUCCACCUCAUCGACAAGCUUCCCUUGCCCGUCACCAUCAAGAGUCACUUGAAGUCCUUCUCGAUGGCCAAUGGGAUGAAUGCAGUGAUGAUGCACGGCCGGUCCUACUCCUUGGCCAGCAGCGGUGGUGGGAGCAGCAGUAAAGGGAACAGCUUGAAGAGAUCCAAAUCCAUCCGCCCGCCACAGAGCCCCCCACAGAACUGCUCACGCAACAACUGCAAGAUCUCCUAGCAGGAUGGACACCCCGUGAGCUUCUGCCAUGUCCGCACCCACUCUCUAAUGUACAGCUCUUUGCACACUGACCCCUUUGCCACUCGAUCCCUCUGGAUGGGCCACGCUUGCUUUCCCGAUGGCACACACCAGGGUUAGGAAUGUGCUCACGGUUUUUGCUUCGCAUAGGAAGCGUGGUGCCGGCUGGAUCUCACAGCACUGGCAGGGAGAGGAUCUGCCAAGUGACCCUCCAAGAAUGCUUUUGGGCUUUGCCUCUCAGCCUGGUGUGGAAAAUUCAGCAGCUGCUGGCUUGGGGAGGGGGGAAGGGGAAAAAAAGCUCAUCCAGGCUCAACGGAGAAAUGGAUUUAAUGGAAGAUUGAGAGGCUUAAGGGAGUAGGCAAGGAGAGUCUGUGCUGCAACUUUAACUCUUGGACACCUGAAGAGUUGCUGGUGCAACAGUGCUCAUUCAAUGUAGGGACAACAAAAGAGAAAAACAGGGACAGAGGACUAAUGACAGUUUUCACCAGGAUGUUAACCUGCUGUUGCCAAAAAACAGAAGGAAGACAAGGCAAGAGUUGGCCAAUGAGAAGGGGAGGGAGCAGUCCACUUGCCUCCUUCGUUUAUUUAUGUAAAUAUUAUACAUAUAUAUAUAUAACUUGUUUUUUAAGGUUUUUUUUAAGAAGCAGUCAGGGAGAAUUUUAUGCAGCCAUGUACAUACGAGCACUGGGUUAACUUUCCCAGUGUCAGCAAAAGGGGAAAAGUGCAGGAUUUCCAAACAAAAAUACCUAAAUGCUUUAAGAGGCUUUAAAUCAC